UCUUACCUGCUCACUCAACCCCCAUUCUCUCUCUCUCUCUCUCUCUCUCUCUCUCUCAUUGGGUUCCUUUUCGCAUCGCAACUUGUCCUUAUUUCUGUUGCAUCUCUCACUUUGCUCUUCCACAAGGAGAGCCAAAGAUGGCGGAUUGCAACAGAGGAGAAGACUAUUUCUCUGCCCAAGACCAUGAGGCGUCAACAGUUGUCCAGAAAUAUGGAGGACUUGCGCCAAAGAAGAAGCCUUUAAUUUCGAAGGAUCAUGAACGUGCCUUCUUUGAUUCAGCAGAUUGGGCACUAUGCAAGCAAGGUGCAGGGGUGAAUCCAAAAUCAACAGCAGCCGUGGAGACCUUACGGCCAAAACUGCAGAGAACGCCACACCAGCAGCUCCCUCCAAGGAGACCUGCCUGUACAUCUGAUCAUGAUAUAUAGCCCCAGGAGCAUACAGAUUCAUUUGUUGUGUUCAGAGGCAUUGAGGGCUCAAAGUAGUUUGUUGUGUUCAGAGGAUUCAUGUUCAUGGCAAAGUUAUAAUAUAAGCAUUAGAAUUGGCUGAUCAGUGUAAUAAUUUUCAAUUAGCUUUUAAUAAGAAUAGUGUUCCUCUCAAACAUCCAUAACCAAAAGUAAAUAUGAACUUAUGCAGAUGUUGGUGGGAAACCAUGAAUGCUUCAAGGGCAUUUUCUACAAA